AUGGCUUCUCUCUCCCUCGCUCUCACUCACCCGCUGGUUAUAACCACUACUCCAUUUGCCCCAUUUCCUAAAAAACAGAACCAAGCUGGCUUUGUACGUAGAUUUUCAUGCAAAGCCAGUAGUCCCUCCGAGGGUGGCAGUAGCAAAUUUGAUAGGAGAGACAUGCUGAUAGGUCUUGGAGGACUGUACGGGGUAGCUAGCCUUGCCUCAGAUCCGUUGGCCUCCGCAACCCCAAUUGUAGCACCUGACUUAUCAAAAUGCCACAAACUGAAAGAUCCACCCCAACAUCCACCUCUUGAUCCAGCUGACGUCAAGUGUUGUGCUCCCUUUAGCACCAAAGACGCUAUUGACUUCACACCAUCUCGGCCAAGUGGAAAAUCACGAAUUCGCCCAGCGGCUCAGUGGCUUCACCAUGAUGAGUUAGCCAAGUACAAGAAAGCCGUAGAGCUCAUGAAAGCCCUCCCUGAGGACGACCCGAGAAAUUUCAUUCAACAAGCCAAAGUUCACUGUGCUUAUUGUAAUGGCGCUUAUGAUCAAGUCAAAUCUCCGAACGAUCAGUACAUUCAAGUCCACAACUCAUGGCUCUUCUUUCCAUUCCACCGUUGGUAUUUAUACUUUCACGAGAAGAUCUUGGGAAAGCUUAUAGGCGAUCCCACUUUCUCUUUACCAUUCUGGAACUGGGACGACCCUUCUGGCUACACCAUUCCAACCAUAUUCAACGACCCUACCUCUUCUCUUUACGAUGAGAACCGAAACCAAACUCACUUGCCUCCAACCAUAAUCGACCUUAACUACGCAGAAACUGACGAUGGGCACCCCUCUAAGCCUCCACUACCAGACCCAGAACAGAUAGCCUCUAAUCAUUAUACCAUGUACCGCCAGAUGGUCCAUUGCAAAAUCGGUACGCUAUUUUUCGGCAAACCUUAUCGAACUGGUAGUCCCCCAAGUCCUGGAGCAGGUUCCAUCGAGAACGUUCCACACAGUCCGGUCCAUGUAUGGACCGGAGAUUCUAACAGACGGGCUAAUGGAGAAGACAUGGGACACUUCUACUCUGCUGGACGAGAUCCCGUCUUUUACAGUCACCAUGCUAACGUUGACCGAAUGUGGAAUAUCUGGAAAACUCUUCCGGGAUCCAAAAGAGUCGAUAUAUCCGACCCAGAUUAUCUCAACUCCACCUUCGUCUUCUACGACGAGAAUGCUCAGUUGGUUCGCGUUAAGGUCGGAGACUCACUUGACAGUAGAAAACUAGGUUACGUUUACGAAGAUGUUCCUAUUGACUGGCUUAAGUUUAAGCCUAAAGCUACUAAGUCAAAGAUCGUUAAAAUGUUGAGAAAGCAUGGAAUUGCACGUGCUGAUGACGUUAAUAUAAUUCCACUUAGCCAGUUCCCGAUAACGUUGGACAAGACGGUGAAGACGGUGGUGGCGAGACCAAAGAAAUCGAGGAGCAAGUUCGAGAAGGAGGAUGAAGAAGAGGUGUUGGUGAUUCAAGGGAUUGACUUUGCUAAUAACGUUGCCGUCAAGUUUGACGUUUACAUUAACGACGAGGAUGACGAAGCUAUUAGCGGUCCUGAGAAUUCUGAGUUCGCUGGCAGUUUCGCUACAGUGCCACAUAACCCUGAAGGUGGUCAUAACAUCAAGACGGAGCUGAAUUUGGGGAUAUCUGAGCUUUUGGAGGAUAUCGGAGCUGAUGAUGAUGAUAAGGUCGUAGUCACUUUGGUUCCCAAGAGUGGUUUGGGCAAAGUUAAGAUUGAUGGCAUCAAGAUUGAUUUCAUUUCUUGAUGAACCCAUUAAUUAUAUAUAUAUAUACACACAUGUACACUAACGUUACGUAUAUUACUGUGUAACGAGGUAUAUAUAUAUAUUUUCAUGUUUUUUCAUUUCAAUAAUAAGCUAGAGCUCUAAUUAAGCUA